AUGACCAACCGGCGGUUCUUCGUCGGUCCAAUUCCAGAAGGCUGGCUGCAAGGUCAUCUUGCGACCUAUUACAACGAACAGGAUGAUCGGCCUGGCCCAUCGUCGCCCCAUUUAGCUGAGGAGGUCGCCCCGGCGCUCACAAACACUGGCAUAGAGGUCACCGAGGAGCAACAUGAUGAGAUUGAAAUAGAGACACGAGAACAUUCUGCAGCAGAGCCUGUGGGGGAACUUAGGACUCUAUCCCACCCUGACGCCGCAGCCAGCGGUGACGAUCCCAUACUAGAAGAGGACACAGAGCAUAGUGAACAUAGUGGAGGAGAUGACGGAGGGGACAGCGGAGAGGAUACAGACAGCACGCCCAAAGCCAGAACGGGGAGCAAAUGUGACACGUAUGGCAAUGACCUUGCUUCGUCUUCGUUUGUCACCGCCAGAGAAGAGGUCGCCAGCUCUGCAGACACGGGACAAUCAGUAGCCACCAUACGAGCUGGUAGAUUGGAACCGCCUGAGUUGCGACCAAAAUCUGGGGCUUCACGCAACACACAUUUGACGAGUCAUUCUUCCCCCACCACUCUGACCUCCAAUCCAUCCACGGUCCCAAGCGAAGCCGAUUCCACAACAGAGUUGCUUCGAAGCACGUACAUGGACAAAGGGAAACAGAAAAACAAGGCACCUGGCGUAUCUCGAGCAACGCUUCAACACCACGACCCACAAGAUGAAGAUGAAACUGGCGAAGAUGCGCAAGUCCAACGGAGAAUCACGAGGAAAAUGGCAAAGUUCAACCUGGAUGACAACAUCAGAUACAGGCAGCAAAAGAUGCGCUCCAAGAUUGAAAAGACCCAAGGUACCAUCUCUGCCAAUCGACCGCACCGACGAAAAGUGCAAGAUGGAGAGAUUGUCAAAGCAGAGAAAAUGCUGGUCUGCGUGGAACAGACUGUGCAGGACACACUUCCCGCCGAUUACACCGAGAAUGACAGCCUGCGCAUGGAAACACGAACCGUGGAUAAAUGGAGGGAGUUCCUCGUCGUGUGCCGCAAAAGCUCUACAGAGCAUACGCCAUUUUCCAUUCAGAUGUACCGUACUCGUGUAAUUCCAGAUGUGCAACGCCCGAACAGCAAAACGCCUCCUUAUUACGAAGUAGGGCUCAACCAUAAAAAUGCCCAUGUUAAUUUCUAUUCCCCCCUCGACAAAACCAUCGUCAUAUGGCAUCCUUGCAAGCGUGGAACCAAAAUUUUCAUCCUUCGUCCAAAGUCUGCGGCGCACUCGGCCGAAUGGUACACUUUCAUCCGCCAGGUACUUGGGUGGCGGCGUCCCACCUCGCUCCCUAUCUAUGUCCCUGAUUUAGGAGUUUCCCUCAUUUUCAAAAAUCCUUUCAGUCAACUUGACGCUGAGCUGAAUGCAGAUAACUCUGAUAGCGACCACGCAGCAGCUGCUGCUGCGGACAGGCCGGCAGUUGAUAACAGAUUUGCUGCCGCUGCCAUCAUCCGAGGAUGCAUGGAAAUGCUCGAAGGCCGUGCCGAGUGGGCCGAGGUCUUGAAAGCUUGGUCUAAGACUGAGAAGAUGGGACUUGCUUGGAGGCGAUAUGAUCGACUUGAAUGGGUAUUUGGAGUCAAUGAGGAAAAGAUGUAUGGGACCAUUGGGAUGCAAUCAUCUCACGAGCUUGAGUUACGACCAAGACAUCAUUACUCUACUACAAUCAGGCAUCGGGGCAUACAGUUGGAGCCUGCCCCGAUUGAAGGAUUUCUAGUCCGUCUCACAUCCCAGAAGGGUGUGCAUCAGCGGAUGAACAAGAUGUUCUUCAAACGGCUGUACUUCUUUACCCAAGAUCAUUAUUUGUUUUUCUGUCGACCAGCCAAGGCAUUGCCCCCGCAACCACCGAAAUGUGCUCUCUCAGAUGACGGAAGUGUACCAACUGCCCGUGAAAUCUUGGAUCGAAUGCCGCUCUCCUGGGAAAUCGAUCCAUAUCCACUUGAAGAUGGUCGGAUUACAUGGCUCUCCAGCGGCAAUCAGGAAUUCGUCAAACGGCACGACGAAGAGGCCUAUGCGCACGUGCAGAGAAAUGUACACAACAUCAGCCAAUCAGAUGGGUGUAUCGAUAUGUGCCGGGUAAAAGAAGUCCGCAAUGUCCAUCGUGGCAGCUGCGCUGCCGACACCGACGUCCGGGAAGGGCCUGCUGUGGACUUCAAUCGUGAGCCCAGAGACUCACGGCAGGAUGAUGGAGCAACGCGAGAGUUUGACGAUGGUCGGACAUUUGAAAUAGUUCUUGAUAAUAAUCUUGUCGUUCGACUCCAGGCGUACGAUGGUACCACACGGAAUGAGUGGGUCAAACGACUCGAUGCGCUUGUAAAUUAUUGGCACACCCGCUGCACAGAUGAUGCCACGGAGCUGCAGGUUGUAAGGCAGCGCAACCUCAAGCUGUUAGACAUCGACGAAGCCACGGAAUCCGCUGUCGGGCAGUUCGCGAAGAAGUGGGAAGUGAAGAAAGCCGAAGCAUCUCCAUACUUGCACAACAUGUGCUCACUGUCUGGUUGUCGGACUAUUAAGAUGUCCGGCCACCUCUAUCGCAAACCUCGUCGCCAUACCACUUUUCACCAACACCAAGUCAUUCUCACAGCAGGAAAGCUGUUGAUUUUCGGUAGCACACUUCGCAGGCGAAACGGCACCGAAAUUCCGCACAUUCAUCAAGACCUUGAAGCGACCAUUGACCUGGAAGAUUGCUAUAUUUAUUCUGGUUUGAUUACCGACAACGACUUGCUGUACGGCAAUCAGACAUUCAACAGCAACAACCCUGGUCUUCACGCUCUGCCACGGAUUUACCUCGAUUCGGAUACCUUCACAAGUCGGGAUGAGGACACCGCUAUCACCUUUGUGGUCUGGCAACCCUUGAGUAAAAGCUACUUCCGAGCCCAGGAAAUGGGGGAACAAGGCAAAGCUAAACGAUCCUUGCGUCAUGUGUCGACUCUGGGUAAGCAUGGCCGCACCAUCGUGUUUAAAGCACGUAGUCGUGUGGAAAAGGACCGUUGGGUGAUGAGCAUUUCCUCGGAAAUUGACCGUCUCCAGGAAGAGAAACACGAAGAUAUACGGCUGAUUUCCCCCUAA